AUGUUUGUCUACUUGAGCAAGAAAAUUGCCAUACCGCAUCAGCUAGCGUUGCAGGUGGUAUCUUGGAACUCAGCGCAGGGAUGGAUUGCUUGCGGAGGCGAGAGCGGGCUGCUUAAGGUGCUCAAGCUCGAAUCCGCCUCUGAUGGGGCUGCCAAAGCAGCGGCUGGCCAGAGCAAUCUGUCCAUGAACCAGACGCUGGAGGGCCACCAAGGUACCAUUAUGGUCAUAACCUGGAAUGAAAACUUCCGGAAGCUGACCACCAGUGACCAGAAUGGCCUGAUCAUUGUGUGGAUGCUUCACAGAGGGAUUUGGUUCGAGGAAAUGAUCAACAAUCGAAACAGAAGUGUCGUUCGCGACAUGAAGUGGAGUGCUGACUGUCAGAAGAUUUGUAUCAUCUAUGAAGAUGGUGCAGUUAUAGUUGGCACUGUGGAUGGUCAAAGGCUGUGGGGUAAAGAGGUCAAGACACAGCUCGCCUUCGUAGAGUGGUCACCGGAUGGCAAGAACAUCCUUUUUUGCACUUUGAACGGCGAGGUGCAUGUCUAUGACAAUGAAGGGAUCUACUCCCACAAGGUGCCGAUCUACUGCCUUGAUAGUGGCACCGAGGGCACUGUAGCUAUUGCUGGCAUUGACUGGUUUGCCGGGCCAAACGGUCCUGAGAACCAGACGCCAACGCUGUGCUUGGGCUUCGAGAACGGCCGCGUCCAGAUCAUGCGAAGCGAUGCCGAUGACAAGCCCGUGCUUUUGGACACGCAGCUGAGAUGUACUGGUCUGAAGUGGGAUCCGAACGGCUCAGUGAUCGCCAUCGCUGGCGUGCAGAGUCAGGGUGCAGCCGCUGCAGACCGCGAGGUUGGCAUUGUGCAGUUCUAUGCUCCAAGUGGGCAGCACCUGAGAUCUCUGAGAGUGCCCGGCCAAAAUCUUCGCUCGAUCUCCUGGGAAGGUUCUGGCCUUCGAUUAGCGUUGGCGGUUGAUUCACACAUCUUCUUUGCCAACAUCAGGCCAGACUAUCUUUGGGGAUACUUCUCGCGAACCCUGGUGUAUGCUGUAUUGCGCAAAGAGCGCAACGAGCAUGUCGUCGUGUUCUGGGACACCCACAGCGACGAAAAAUACACCAAGUACAUUAAGCACGUCACGCAUAUCAGGUCCUCUGAGGAGUACUGCGUCCUUGUUACGAAGGCAGACGAUGCCAGUGGUCAACACAUUGUCAUAGUCUGCAAUGACAUCGGCAGUCCGGUGGACUCCAAGUAUAUGCAGCUGGAUCCAGUCCAUGUGGCGAUGACAAACUCGCACGUCAUUGUGACCUCGGAGGACGUUGUUUAUAUCUGGAGCUAUCGCACCAGUGUCUCCCGGCAAGCCCAGGGCGAUCUGGCUUCGGCUGCUGGCAUGGGCAUCAAGCAGAAGAGGGCUGAGAUGAUGUUUCACAUCGACGAGUCCUUUGCGCCCGGCAGUGGGACGCAUGACAAGGAAAGCUUUGUGCCGCCUUCCAUGACUACUCAGGAUCCCAUUGCCUGCAUCUGUGCCACGGAGCAAUGCUUGCUGAUUGCAAGGGAAAGCGGCGUGGUGCAUCGCUAUGCACUGCCUCAUCUGUCGCUGGAAGCGCGCUUCACCAUCCGGUGCCGACCGCAGGUGAUUGCCGCCAACUGCGACAGCACCAGGAUGUCCGUUAUCGACAUCAACGGGGUUCUGCUGCUAUUUGACAUCGAGAUCGUGAAUCACGGCUUCUUUGGGCAACGCAACGAAGAGACCAACUCUCAGGAAAACGGGCCUGGCAAGCAGUUGGACUUCGAGCGCAAAGAUGUCUGGAACAUGCGAUGGGCGACCGACAACCCCGACCUCUUCGCCAUCAUGGAGAAGACGCGGAUGUACAUAGUCCGGGGCCUUCAGCCCGAGGAGCCCGUUCUCUCCAAUGCGUACAUAUGUGCGUUCAAGGACCUCCAAAUCCAAAGCGUGCUCAUAGACGAGGUCAUUCAAAAUCCAGAAAACCCUCGGAAGGAGGUGCUUCUCGACUUCGAAACAAAGAGUCUGAGGGAUACGCGCGACAUCCUCACGAAGGUGUCUAACCUGAAGGACGCCUUCAACUAUGUUGAUGCGAAUCCGCACCCCAGACUCUGGAGGCUGCUGGCAGAGGCGGCCUUAGAACAGCUCGAGUUCAGCGUGGCUGAGAAGGCUUUUGUGCGCUUCGAGGAUUACCAGGGCAUCCAGCUCGUCAAGCGCCUACGCCUUCUGGAUGACCGGGUCAAGCAGAAGGCUGAGGUUGCGGCAUAUUUCCAGCGGUUCGACGAAGCCGAGAGCCUGUACAGGGAGAUCGACCGCAAGGACCUUGCUAUCGACCUUCGUGUUCGGUUGGGUGAUUGGUUCCGAGUCAUUCAGCUGGCGCAUGGUGCUAACGAGGAGCUGCUGCACCAAGCGUGGAGUGCGAUUGGUGACUAUUAUGCAGACCGCUGCAAGUGGCCAAAUGCUGCCAACUACUACGCCAAGGCGGGAAAUAAUGCUGCCCUGGUCGACACGUACUACUUCCUGGAGGACUACGACUCCCUGGAGAGACUGAUUCCUCAGCUGCCAGAAGGCAGUCCGCUCCUCACAGAGGUGGGCAACAAGUUCGCCUCUGUGGGUCUCUGCGAGCAGGCUGUGCAGGCUUACCUGCGCCACGGUGACGUCAAGACGGCGGUCGAUACGUGUGUCCUGCUUAACCAGUGGGAGCUGGCGGUAAACCUGGCACAGCAGCACAACUUCCAGCAGAUUGAAGGUCUGCUGGCCAAGUAUGCCCAACAUCUUCUGGAUAAAAACAAGAAGAUUGAGGCGGUGCAGCUGUACAGGAAAGCAAGCCGUCAUACAGAGGCUGCCAAACUCCUAAAUCAGAUGGCCAGGGAAAUGCCAGGUGGUGCUCAGCGGCAUCCUGAUAGAAUAAAGAAGUUGUACUUGCUGGCAGCCAUGGAGGUGGAGAAGUUCAAGAACAAAACCUUGGACGCACAGAUGACAGGUGCCACCCAGGGCACGAUGACGACUGCACAGACCUUGCAGUCGCUGGUCACGCAGGACCAGAGCGUCUCCAGUGACCGCGCUUUGGAGAGUCCUUGGCGUGGCUGCGAGGCGUUCCACCUCUACCUUCUUUCGCAGCGGCAAUUGUACGAGGGGCAGUUUGAGCAGGCCAUGAAGACAUCGCUGCGGCUUGCUGAAUAUGAGGACAUCCUCGAUACGCAAACCAUUUAUUCUCUGAUAGCCCUCACCACCUACUACAACAAGUUCUACAUGCAGUGCUCCAAGGCAUUCAUCAAGCUUGAGGCUUCUGGGGACGUUAGCGACGAGAUGCGCACCAAGUUUUCGGACUUGGCUUUGAGCAUCUUCAUCAGGAGCACCCCCAAGGACCCGGUGACACCGGACAUAUUGCGCUUGCAGGAUCCUGUGAAUCAGGUGAUGCAUCCUUGCCCGAAGUGCCACACGCGGAUCAACGACUGGAUCUGCAACGGAUUAUCGAAGCUUCUCUGGAUGUGGUGCCUGGAGCACAGCACGAUACUUCCUCUCCAUGCCACGCUGGAGAGCGCUGGAAUAGAGAGUGGAGAUGAGUUGACGCUGGUGAUCACCAGCCCGACCGUCGAGUACCAUGUCAUGCAGGGUGAUGCCUUCAGCUUUUUGCCGAAGACGUCAAGCGCAUCGUACCUGCUCAUGCUUGGUGUGCUUUUCAAGGCGAAAGGAACAGAUCCAGGCUCUUCCAAGAUGAUUGUCCAGAUCCAAAGAAAGGUCGGUUCCAAAGUGAAGACGACCGGCAGAAGUUGGGUCGGACCUGCAGGAGGGCUGUGGGUCGAGCUGGACCCCUGCUUCCAGAAGCCUGGCUGGGUGCUCGUAGAGGGUCCCGGAUUUGGCAAGGCAGGCCCACUCCUUGAGGAGGCGCUGCCGGAUGAAGGGGAAGCCAUGGUCAUGCACUUCAAGAAUCCCUUUGAUGACGAUGAAGUCCAUGAGCUAUGCCUGAAGCCGGCGUAUAACAUCCACACUGUUAAGAAGUGGAUGUGCACGCGCCUACCCUUCCUGCGGCUGGACAAGAUCGUUAUUGUGAAGCGGAGAUCGCGAGGACGGGCUGCGAGGUUCACACCCAGCAACUUCGUCCUGGAUGAUCACGUCAGGCUUUUCGAGACUGAGUUUGAAGAUGGAGGUGAACUUCCUUACAUCUACCUGGGCGACGCCGACGAAGGGGAGAUGCGUUUGUGGCAGCGCGAUGGAUUCAAAAAGGGGACAGAGGAGCCAACUCUGGCCCGUAUCCACCUGGCUCAGGCAAGGCGAACAGCCCUCUGGGCGAAACCAUCAAGUGCCGCGUCUGUCGGUCCGAAAGCUGCGGAACUGUCCUUUGUGCCACUCACGCUUGGAUGUUCCGGCGGUAUUUGGCUAUCUGUGGUUGACAAUAACAUGAUGAAGAUUAUGGGAGAAGGGGCUAGCCGAGUCCAGCUUUGCCAGCAGCCCGGCAUGGAGCAUGGGAUGCCUGCCAUGGCGUCCCUUCUUGCUGGCUUGCUGUUAGCGGGGCCAACAGCAGUGGCAGCUGCGAAGGGAAAGGCUAAGCCGCAAGGUGAUGGAGAUGACUCGGCUUUGCUCUUCUUCCUUUUGGCCAUGCUAACCUGCCUGCUGGUGCCCUGGACGGCCUUUGUGGCCUGGUACUUGCUGUUUCCGGGCCAUGCAGAGGUUGCAAAGGCCUUCCCUGAGACAACUGAGCACGGCUCACGCGUGCGCUACUGCCGAACACAGGCCAUGGAGGUGCGACGUGAGACCGCCAUGCGAGACCUGAGCCUCACGCUGCAUCUGGGGAUGUCUUAG